GAGCUAGGAGAGAAAAAGAAGGAGAACGAAAAAAAGAAGAGAGAGAGAGAGAGAGCGUGUUCCCGCGAGGAGGUACAGGCCGAGUGAUCUCACUCGCAGGAGUUAGCCGGUCGGGACUAGGUUUGCGCAGGAGGAGAAGAGCGACACCGAGAGAGCAUCGUGAGAGAGGGACCAAAAGGAGAGAGGAAGCUCGGUGAAAGAGAGAAAACGUGCCCCUUGUCGGGACAAGAGGGACAGAGACGCCGUUAUAGGCUUGUAACCUGGUGGAGGGAGUGACUCGAGGCGUUAGCAGGACCGCGAGAGAGGAGGUAGAGGGAAAGGAGACAGAGAGUCGACCAAGAGAAGGAGCGGUGGGAAUUUAUAAGGAUGUUCGCGAUAAUGCCGAUGGAGACAGAGGGGCACGGCAGGGAGUUCGGCCGCCGGCAGAAGAUGCGCGCCAAGUGCACGGUAGAGUUCGUCUGCAAGUACUGCCAGCGGCGCUUCACGAAGCCCUACAACCUCAUGAUCCACGAGCGCAGCCAUAAGGACGACGUGACCUUCACCUGUGAGGUCUGCGGAAAGUCCUUCAAGCGACAGGAUAACCUCAAGCAACACAGAUGUGGGUGGCGGUGAGCGGGAGCUCUGAACCUCCUGCACCUUGACACACACACAAUGUACACGCAACAACAACAAUAUCAACAUGAUCAACAAAAAGAAAUUCUAACAACUCAACAACAGCCCAUAACAACAAAAAGUUGCAAUCCACGUUCUUCUCUAUCGUUUGACAUUUAUAUAUACUUAAAUAGUCUUCCCCUCUUGUUUCUAUUAUCUUUUUAUUUCUUUUUUAUCGUACUCGUCACUCAAAAUUUGCCGCGUUAUGUCCCUGUCGCAAUCGCGAGAACAACGCACGAUCAUCCAUUCCGUGCAUUGCUACCGCCACCACGAGAUAAAGAAAAAAGAACAAGGAAGGAUAUAACACACCCAGCAUGCUAUAAAAGAUCUACACUUCUAUCAACGCUAUCCACCUUUUUCGAUAUUCUUCCGCUGUUUCCGCUACGAUCGACGAUCCACGAUCGCAUUUAUCGCCUUCUAAUUUCUACUGAUACUAACACGAGCGCGCACAACAGCCCCCCUCGCUAAUCGCGAAGCGGCGGAAUUUGAUUUGCUAAUUAGGAGAAGAAAAAAAGUGAGGGAGAGGGAGAGGAAGCAGACAACUUCUUGAAGAGAAUUUUCCUCAUCUUCCGAUUUCGACCAUCUUUGUUCCAGGAGCAUACACUCUGUUCCCUACAAGGGCUCCAACGGCUACUCAAAUGGCUAUUCGAAUGGCUACUCUAGGUACUAGAAGCCAUCCGGCCAACUAAUAUCCUAAAUCUUCUCCCGUAGAGACGCGUUUCUCUCUGUUUCUGAUUAGGCUAGUUUCAUGCCGCCUGGUCGUGGUUCAACAAAUAUUUUUUGGAAUUUCGACGAAGCCUGUACGUAUGUACAUAAACGUACGACGAUGGAAUUUUCUACAUACGAGCGUGCAAAUGAAAUGUAGAAACGGAAUAACGUGUCGGCCGUUCUGUUCAGAAAGAAUUAGUUUCUAGAUAGUAAUUUUAAAUGACGAUCGAACACAGGAACGUCUCUUCAAUUGGAAAUCUUGCUUUACAUCGAGUCGAUCGUGAAUUAUGUUGAAUUAUUCUUCUUCCAGUUCUAUUCAAAAAUUAAGAAACGAAAGAAAAAUCAGUAGAAAGAACGAGAUCUGAACUCGGUAAAUGUUCAGACACCAUGCGUUGGAAAGAAAUGAAAGGAGAACGAGCGUGACACGAAAAACGAUAGAAAAAAAGCUCUCGACAACGAUCCAACGAUGAAAAUAAAAAUCCACGUCGAAAUUCCGAGAAUCUUUUGACCCGAUCACGCGUCCAUUCUUCUCGUUGUCCGUCUGUCGGUAUUCCGAGUCGAUCGAUUAAUUAAUCAACUCGAAAAGACGCAGCGCGUCAGCCUACUGAGUCGCAAGGGAAACAGUUCCGUAAUUACUGAUCGUCUCCUCGCCUGUCUUACGAACCUCGCUUCUCGCUCCUUCAUUCCGCUUCUCCGAUUAUUCUUUUUUUUUUUUUAUUUUUUUUAUUUUU